AUGGCGAAUAACAGAAAUGAAAGAAGCUCAUUAUUUAAAUUGAUACAAUUUAAAUUUUACUCAUUCCUUUCAUCAAGGUUUGGAAUGGCGCUUUGUAUAAUUGGCGCAUUCGUUAGUUUUAAUACAAUAUUUCAAUUAAUUACAGUAUAUGGAGAUUUUGGUGGUGGCGUUAGUAAUAUUUUAGUAAAUGAUGCAAUGUAUAAAAGUUGGGAAAAUAAUGUUGGAGGUAAAUCAUAUCAAGAUUUAAUAUGCUCACAACCAAUAGAUAUAGUAUAUACAUGGGUAAAUGGCAGUGAUCCGAAAUUAUCAAAGGCGAUUAACGAUUUAAAAAAGUCUUUAAGAGAUCCAAAUAUGCCAGAAUGCACAGAAAAGCAAACACCAGAAAAAGAUAAAUGUUAUAGGGAUGAUAAUACAGCAAGUAGAUAUGUGGAUAAUCAAGAGUUGAAGUAUUCAUUGAGAUCCAUUGAAAAGAAUGCACCAUGGAUUAGACAUAUUUUUAUUGUUACAAAUGGUCAAGUACCAAAUUGGUUAGAUUUAUCAAACCCAAAAAUAUCGAUUAUUACACACGAACAGAUUUUUGCAAACAAGUCACAUUUACCAACAUUCAGUUCACCAUCUAUCGAAACUCAUUUACAUCGUAUACCGGGGUUAUCAAAGAAAUUCCUUUAUUUAAACGACGACGUUAUGUUUGGACGUGAAAUUUAUCCAGAUGAUUUUGUAACUCAAAGCGGUGGUCAAAGGGUAUUCCUUAGUUGGCCAGUUCCUAAUUGUAACGAUGGUUGCCCCAAUAAUUGGAUUGGUGAUGGCUUUUGUGACCAAGCAUGUAAUGUAUCAACUUGUGAAUUCGAUGCAGGUGAUUGCAAUAACAGCACAGGUCAAGUUAAAACAAGAUGGUGGAAUCGUCCAAAUAUUAAUAACAAUGCCAACAACAAUAAUGCAAAUAAUAAUAACAAUGCAAAUCAAGGUGUAAAUUCAAAUGCAAACGACCGUUUAAAGAACUAUUGUUCGCGUGGUUGUCCAGAUUCAUGGGUUGGUGAUAAGCAUUGCGAUCGUAUGUGUAAAAAUGAAGAUUGUGGUUUUGAUGCUGGCGACUGUGGUGUUGAAAUUAUGUUUUCUUCGAUGAGAGGCUACGAAAUCGAUCUAGGUACAAUCAAUAUUGACCUACCGGAUAAAACCUCAUCGGUGUAUUUCAAUCUUUCAAAACUUAUUGGGGAUGGUACAAUUACUGAUGGCUCGCACGAUAAUGCUGUUUUAGUUAGAACCGCAACAAUUUCACAAAAGCAUAAAAUUAUGACUCUUACUUUUAAUAAAGAUAAACCAAAGCAAAAUGUUUCAAUCUCGAUCACUUUUGAAACCAUGGUAACCUCAUCGAAACAAUCCUCAACCGAACCAAAAGAAACUAAACAAACAAUCGAAAAAACCUUUAAUAUUACAUUAUCAACAAAAGAAAUAGAAGAUUCAUCUCCAUCACCAGUAUUUUUAACUCCACUAGUUGUAACUCAAGCCGAUAGACCAACACCAGAUCAACUAAUACCAAAAGAAAAUAAUGAAGACGAAGGAAAAAAUACAAAAUCAUCAGAUAAUGAAAUUGUAGAUCCAUUAAAAAAUGGAAACGAUUUUACAACAGCAUUACCAAAUCCAAAUAGUUUAAAUAGCAACAAUAAUGAUGAUAAUGCUGGAACAGGUUCAAAUACUAAUAUUGAUUACAAUAACAAUAACAAUAACAAUAAUAAUAAUGAUGAAUCAAAAACUUUACAACAAGAAUAUUUAGAACAACAAGAAAAAUUACAAAAGAAACAUACAGAUAAAUUAAAUUCAAAUGGCGAAACUAUUAGAAAAUUUGAACCAGUUGGAUCAGAUUUUGAUUUAGCAAGUGUUGAUGAAAAAGCUGAAGAAAAAUGGUUAGAUUUUGUAAAUUUUAUAAACUCUGCAGAAAAUAAAAAAUCAGAUAGAGAUUUAUUAUCAUUUUCAAUCGAAAUAGACAAUAGUUUAGAUGAUGAUCAAAUAAUAAAUAAUAUAGGUAAUAUAAAUAGUGAUAAUAGUAAUAGCAAUAAUUUACAAUUAGAAAAUAAUUCAACAAAACAACAGGAUAAUGAUCCUUAUAGUAAUAAUAAUUUUAAAUAUACAAAUAUAAUCAAAAAUGAAGAUAUCAAUAUCCAUAAACUAGAACAAGUAGAUUUAAAGAUAAAAGAAAUUGAAAAUGAGCAAAAAAGUUUUAGCCACAGCAACUAUUUGGAAUAUUUAAAAGCUUUAAAGAAAAAGAUUACAGAUUUAAAAGAAUAUGACGAUCAAUUAAGUCAAGAUUUAGAAUAUGAAAAGAAAUAUAAAAUGAAUAAAGAAUCUGAAACGAUAUUAAAACAAGAAGGUGAAAUCUAUCCAUGGGAAGAGUUUGAUAUUGUCGAAGAUAACUCACACAGAGGCCAAAGAAAACUUAAAGAUAUGUUUGGUGAUUCACUAAAAUAUGUAAAUAGACUCUAUACUAAGGAAUUUGGUUCAUCGCAAAGAAAAGUACCAGCACACAUGCCACACAUGAUUGAUGUCGACAUUAUGAACGAAAUUCAAGCUAAAUGGCCAGCUCAAUGGGAGGCAACAAGUUCACACACUCUCCGUCACCCUCAAGAUAUGCAGUAUGCUUUCUCAUUUUUCUACUACAUGAUUCACAAAAAGAUGACUGUAGACUUGGAUAAACUUUGGUAUACCGAAUGGGAUGGAAACAGAGAUGGCUAUUUAAAUGACAACGAGCUCCGUACAUUUUCAGUUAAUGUCUAUGGAGUACCGAUUAAAGCAUCACAAUUUUUACAAAUUAAAGACCAUUUCUACCAAAUUUGUGUUGAACAUAACCUGUUGAAACGAUUUGAAGCUGGUGAUCAAGAUGCAUCCCUUUUACUCCACAAGAACCACACUACCACACCACCAGAACAAAGAGAAGAUUGUAAGAUUACACUUGACGUUAUAAAAAGUGAUAACAAGACUAUAGACGACAUUAAAAAAGCAUACUCCAAAAAGAACUAUUACAAGACAACUAUCGAUGGUACCGAUGAAGUCGCUUUUCUUAUGAUUGAUAAUAACGACACAAUAGCUCAAUCCAAAUUGGAUGGAGUUCGUCAAAAACGUCAUAAAUAUAUUUGUCUCAAUGAUAAUAUCAACCAUUCAAGCCCAAACACAAAGGAUGUAGUAAAAGUAUUGCACGAUUUCUAUGACUCACUCUUCCCAUUACCUUCUUCAUUCGAGUUACCUCCAGGCGAAUUUAACAAGUAUUUCUACAUUGAAGAAUUUAGACAAGAAAAAACAGAAAUUAAAACCAAAAGCUAUUCAAGCUAUUAUUUAUUAAUAACCAUUUCAAUUAUAAUUUUAUAUAUACUUAUGAAAUGUAAAGUUUCAAAAUCAUUUCAUAAAUCAAAACCAUCAAGAAAGUCAUAUUUACCCUUAGAUUCAAAAACAACCUAUCAUGUCUAA